AUGUCCAGUCAAGAACAUAAAGAUCAAUCUCUUGAUAUUCCAUCAGUUCCAUCAGUUCCAUCAGUUCCAUCACCUUCAUCAGGUCGUAUACGUUCACAUUCACUAAGACCACAACAUUCGAGAUUAGAUUAUGCUCGACGUAAAUCAACUGCUGAUAUAUCUUCAGAAAAUAUAUCAUGUUUAGAAUCAGAAAAAGAUGAAAGUCAACUUGGAAAACCAUUAAAAAAUGUUCCACCAUCAUGGAUAAAACGACGUUUUACAUUAUUUUUUCUUGAACAUACAAUGAAUAAAAAUCGUCGAAUGACUACAGAUUGUUUGUAUAAUAUCAAUGAUAAAUCUUGUUCUAAUCUAUUAAAACAAAAACGUCCGAGUGCUAUUGCUCAAAUGAUGGAGUCAUUUGUACGACGAUUUUCAUCACGAAAGAAAAAGCAUCAUGAUGAACAUGAAGAAGAUCAAACAAUAAUUGAUCCAGUCUAUGAAACAUUAAAAAUAGCUGCUGAAACACGUAAAAGAACAAUAGCUAAUUACUUACAACAAAGACAACAAUCGCUCAAUAAACAAACAUCGCUCAAUAGUCAAGGUUCGUCAGAACUUGAUAUUCAAUCAUCACCAAGAGUAGCACGUCAUAAUGAAAGAACUCCAUCAUUACGAUCGAAACCACCCUCAGCAUCAGCAUCAUCAUCAUCAGGUAAAUAA